UUAGUUUACUCGCUUCGACUCGAGCUGGCACCUUUGGGCAAUGUCCGGCAAUAUAUUGAGGACCACGAAGCACCCCCCAAACACUCCCGUAUCCGGAUGGCUCUGGACACCGCCGUUGGCCUCAGCUACAUCCAUUCAUGCAAGGUACGGCAUGCCGAUCUGAGCUGCCGGAACCUGUUCCUCUUUGACGGCCUUCGCGUCAAGAUAGGGGACUUGGGUGAUUCAGCCGUCGAAGGAGAUGGGUUUACCCCAACGGUAUAUGAGGAAGCACGUUACGCACUGCCUUGCCGAGGACGAGAUCUUGAUGAACGACCCGUUGCAAAGAUUGAACUCUUCGCGCUUGGAUCAGCUAUUUACGAAAUUCUAGCGUGGGCAAGACCGUUCCCAGAGUUGCAAGAUGAAGAGGUGGAAGAACGAUAUUCUAGGGAAAAAUUCCCCUGUCUCGACAAUAUAGGCAUUGGUGUCAUUGUUAUGAAUUGCUGGAAGGAAGUAUACAAGACCGCAGAUGAGGUAGCUGCGGCUUUAGCCGGAUCUCUAAGGAGCGAGGACACGACUGCCAACGAGAUACAGUGAAAGCCAGCUUAUUUCCAUCAGCGAGUGAAUCCCUUCUGACCCUCCCUUUCCAACGUUGUGAGCUACUUGCUACCCUAUUCUUAGGUUAGCUCCUGAUGAGUAUUCUUUUCAAGCAACCACGUACCGACGGGCAUUCGGGGCAUGGGCCUUUCAGAGAGACAGACCUAUAUAGACGAGUAGUAUCCUCGGUUGCAUCGGGGCAAAAAAUGCCUUUCAUGGG